CUGGCCGCACCCCUUCCUCAGUCGCUUCCAGCCGUUGCUGAGGCGGCUUCUUUCCUUCCUUCCUUCCUUCCCUCCCUCUUCCUCCUUUCACCUGCCACCAGCACAGUUCUCUUGGCGGCAGGGACCAACUCCCACCCCUACCUCGGGUCUUUUUUCUUCCCCUCCCCUUCCUCGCACGUACAGACAUCGCCCCCCUCGCUUUGGCCGCCAUGAACCCCAGCUGUGCCCGCUGCGGCAAGAUCGUUUACCCGACCAAGAAGGUGAACUGCCUCGACAAGUUCUGGCAUAAAGCAUGUUUCCACUGCAAGGUCUGCAAGAUGACCCUCAACAUGAAAAACUACAAGGGCUAUGAGAAGAAGCCGUAUUGCAAUGCACACUACCCGAAGCAGUCUUUCACUAUGGUGGCAGACACAACAGAGAAUCUGCACUUAAAGCAGCAAAGCGAGCUUCAGAGUCAAGUCCGCUAUAAGGAGGAGUUUGAAAAAAAUAAAGCGAAGGGCUUCAGUGUGGUGGCCGACACCCCUGAACUGCAGCAAAUCAAGAAGACUCAGGAUCAGAUCAGUAAUAUAAAGUACCAUGAAGAGUUUGAGAAGAGCAGGAUGGGCACACCUGGCGGAGAGGGAGGAGAAAUGGAAUGCCGCAACUCACAGGAAGGUGCCAACUACAGGAGACCAGUGGAGCAGCAGCAGCCGCCACCACACCAGCAGCCUCAUCAUGUCCAACCAAGUACCCCUGUUUACCACCACCAGCCACCACAACAACCAGCCUCUCAGUCUUACGGCUACGAGGAACCAGCAGCACCUGUCUCAAUACAGCAUAAUGUCCCAUCUGGAGGAGGGAAGAGGUUCCGUGCGGCCUACGAUUACAAUGCAGCUGACGAGGAUGAGGUCUCCUUCCAGGAUGGCGACACCAUAAUCAAUGUGCAACAGAUUGAUGAUGGCUGGAUGUAUGGCACAGUUGAGCGGACCGGAGACACAGGCAUGCUUCCAGCCAACUACGUGGAGGCUAUAUGAGCUCCACUCGGGUGCCACCCUGAAAGCAAGCGGGGUAGGGCUCUUGUGUGCUUCUUGUUCCAUUAUCCGUUCUCUGCUGUCUUGUCACAUCAUUUAUUUUGUUCUGAACCUCUGACAUGGCCAUUUUCUUUAUUCUUCUGCCAACUUAGCCUUGUUUUGGAGGCA